AUGGCCGGUUUAGACGACGCGAAGUCCAAGUUAUACGAAGACCUGUAUGCCCUUCUGGCGUUUGUGCCGAAAGAGGACAUGCUGGUUGUCCUUUGUGACUUCAACGCGCGAGGGACAGACUGUACUGGAAGGAGGGGAGUGCUGCGUCCUCACGGUCUCGACGGUUUCGACGACAAUGGCCUGCUCCUCCUACGAACUUGCGCAGAACACCAGCUCAUCCUGACCAACACCUACUUCCGCCUCCUGAUGCGAGAAAAGGCCACCUGGAUGCACCCUCUGUCGCGACACUGUCACUUGCUGGACUAUGUCCUCGUCCGGAUGUGAGACCGGCGGGACGUGCUGGUGACAACGGCGAUCCCGGGUGUCGAAAGCUGGGCUGACGGUCGCCUCGUAACCUCCAAAAUGAGGAUCCGCCUACAGCCUCGCAGGAGACCUCAUAGCAUACGCCUCUCAGGUAAGUUGAAUACUUCUUGGUCGUCUUUUGUCUGCUAAUCACCUCCAUUUCAGCAACGAGCAAGCUCAACGUUAGCCAACAUUCUAGUAACCGCUGCCGCCACCGACGACGAGGACGCCAACGAGGAGAACCGAUAGUGCCAACUGAGUGACAUAAUUCAGUCAACCGAUCUGGUUGUCCUCGGUCGCGCGCGCCGCCAACAUCAAAACUGGUUUGUUGACAGUGACGCCGCCAUCGGCAUCCCUCCCGCCGAAAAGGACCGUCUGCACAAAGCCUACAUCACCCGCUGUACCAACGACAACAAAUUUACUUUCUCCCGUAGUUACGGCCUUGUGCAUCAGCGGCUGCGGGAGAUGUAGGACGCCUGGACGGCUCGGGAGAACGAGGAGAUCCAAGGGUAUGCGGAUUUCUUCGCUGCGAUCAAAGCUGUCUACGGUCCCACAGUCAAAGUAACUGCUUCUCUCCUCAGCGCCGACGGAAUUACCCUAUUCACUGAGAAGGCACAAAUUCUGCAGCGAUGGGCCGAGCACUUCAGGGGCAUCCUCAAGCGCCCCUCCACAACCUACGAUGUCGCCAUCGGCCGUCUGCCUCAAGUAGAGACCAACACCAGCCUCGGUCUCCCGCCAUCUUUCUACGAGACCAUCAGCACCGCGCUGAAACUCUCCAAAGGGAAAGCGCCCGGAUCGGAUGCGAUCCCUGCUGAGAUUUACAAGCACGGUGGCCUCCAACUCAUGGACCAUCUGACAACGGUCUUUCGAGAGAUGGGGCACCAUACACAAGUCCCUCAGGAUUUCAAAGACACCACAAUUGUCCAUCUCUACAAGUGGAAAGGGAACCGCCAACUCUGCGACAACCACAUAGGCGUUUACCUGCUUAUCAUCGCUGGGAAGAUCUUCUCUUGA